AUGCCAAGAAUCAUGUGGAAAAGCUUCCAUCUUUGCUUCCCAUCAAAUCUCACCAAUCCCUCCUCAACUCCCGCCGACGCUGCCGCCUCCGACGAUCCCAACCGUCCAUCAAUUCUUCUCAUCAACAACUUCAACCUCCUCUACGACGAUUCCGCAGCCGCCGGCCGCCGCAUAUCCAAGCGUCUCAUCGACGUCGAACCUUCCUCCACCACAUUCACCGCCUCCACCUCCACCGCCGCUAAUUCUUUUUGCUCCUCCGCUUCCUACGAUGAAACCGAUAAUUACGGUUUUGGCCCUGACGACUCUCCCCCUCCGGACUUAACGGCCGUUCUUGCCUCCCGUCGCUUCUUCUUCUCUUCUCCUGGCCGGUCCAACUCAAUUACCGACUCGCCGGAUCUCCGCCCCGGCGAUAAUUACCAAACUGCCACUGCCAGGACAACUAAUACUACUAGGCUUCUCGCUGGAGGAACCGCCGUGAAACAAUACGUGCAAUCUCCUGAUCCUUACAACGAUUUUCGGCGAUCAAUGCAGGAGAUGCUUGACGCCGUUACAAACGCCGGAGAUCUUCGUCGUUACGAGUUCUUGCACGAGCUGUUACUAAGUUAUCUCUCACUGAAUGCCGCAGAUACACAUAAGUUCAUUAUCAGAGCUUUCGCCGACAUUCUCGUGUCUCUCUUAUCGGACGGUCACCGGACAAGAUGA